CGACCAAGGGCUCCGCCGUCUCUGCACCUUGGGAAAGAUGACGAGGCCGCUCGCCGUGCUCUACCUGGUGGCCGUGGGCGUCGCCAGCGCCGCGAGCCCCGGCCCCAGCCCCGCCAGCGCCGCGAGCCCCGGACCCGACCUCGUCCGGCCCCAACGCGACGACGACUUCUCCAUCGAGAUCUUCGAUCCCGAGGACGAGAUCCUCCUUUCCGACCUGUAUGCAAUCGGCGGCUACGGCUUAGGGGCAGGCUUCUCUGGGCACCGACAGACUGGUGUAUCAGGAUUCCGGCCCGGCUUCCAGGGCCAGCGGGGCAAGCCGGGAAAGGGAAGUCGCUACCCCGUAGGAGGAUCCUUGUCAGGAGCAGGUGGAUUCCCGUCAGGAAGCGGAUCCUUGUCAGGAGCAGGUGGAUUCCCAUCUGGAGGAAGUGGAUCCUUAUCAGGGGCAGGUGGAUUUCCAUCUGGAGGAGGUGGAUUCCCGUCAGGAAGCGGAUCCUUGUCAGGAGCAGGUGGAUUCCCAUCUGGAGGAGGUGGAUUCCCGUCAGGAAGCGGAUCCUUGUCUGGAUCAGGUGGAUUCCCAUCUGGAGGAAGUGGAUCCUUAUCAGGAUCAGGUGGAUUCCCAUCUGGAGGAAGUGGAUCCUUAUCAGGAUCAGGUGGAUUCCCAUCUGGAGGAAGUGGGUCCUUAUCAGGAUCAGGUGGAUUCCCGUCAGGAAGUGGAUCCUUGUCUGGAUCAGGUGGAUUUCCAUCUGGAGGAAGUGGAUUCCCGUCAGAAAGUGGAUCCUUGUCUGGAUCAGGUGGAUUCCCAUCUGGAAGUGGAUCCUUAUCAGGAUCAGGUGGAUUUCCAUCUGGAGGAAGUGGAUUCCCGUCAGGAAGCGGAUCCUUGUCUGGAUCAGGUGGAUUCCCAUCUGGAGGAAGUGGAUCCUUGCCUGGAUCAGGUGGAUUUCCAUCUGGAGGAAGUGGAUCCUUAUCAGGAUCAGGUGGAUUCCCGUCAGGGAGCGGAUCCUCGUCUGGAGGAAGUGGAUUCCCAUCUGGAGGAGAUGGAUUUCCAUCGUUGUCAGGAGCAGGCGGAUUCCCAUCUGGAGGAAGUGGAUCGUUGUCAGGAGCAGGUGGAUUCCCGUCAGGAAGUGGAUCGUUAUCAGGAGCAGGAGGAUAUCCGUCAGGAGGAAGUAGAUCCUCGGCUGGAAAAGGUGGAUUCCCAUCCGGAGGAAGUAGUCGCUCGUCUAGCAGAGGCUGACACUCCUCUGGAAAGGCACUCGAGGUGGCUGCUAAAUAUAUUCGCCUUAUCCCUUACCUGUUACCUUGACGGGUUCCUAUUCAUUAAAGUCUAUGUUCUCUGAUA